CUCUCUCAAAUCAAAACUCACCCCUAUUACGAAUUCCAUCUCUCCCAAAUUACCCGCCAAAACCUAUAUAUAAUUUUACUCCUUCCUUAUUCCUUCCCUUUUUUUCUUUUUCAAAUCUUUCCCCCUCCUCCGUUUUCCCUCCACCAUCCCGCUCUCUCUCUCCUCUGUAGGGUUUCUUCCCCAUCUCUAUCUCUCUCCCCUUCAUCUCGCUCUUCACGGCCUUGCUUCUCGAUUUCGCUUCUUGGAUUUAAGUGUUGGUCAUGGAAUUGGCGAUGGUUGCUGAGGGAACGGAGCCGCCGGAGGAGACGCAAUCCGAGGGCUUGCCGGUGAAAAGGGCGAUUGAGAAUGGUGGGAGUGAGGAAUUGGCCAAGAAGCCUAAGGUUGAAGCAGCGGCGGCUGCGGCUGCGGCUGCUGCGUCUAGCGGGGAGUUGAAGAGAGUGGCGGAGCUUGUGCUGGUUUUGUCGACGAUGUCGGCAAUGCGAGGCGGGAAGAAGCCCACUAAUGUGGAGAUUGAGUUGAUGAAGGAGGCGAGGAUGAAGUUGGUGGAGUUGUGUCAAGGGAUGGCCCCCAAGGAUAUUGUGGCAAGGGAAGCUGUGGGGACUGUGAUUGAGGAUCUUGGAUUGAACGGGAAGAUUAAAGACCAGGGAUUAGGGUUUCAAACUCCAAAGAUGUCUAUAACCGAAAGGUUCUCACUCUCCAAGUUGAAGAUGGAAGAAUCAAAGAAGUUUCAUGAACAUUCUGCUCCAUCUACUUCUCAGCCAUUGCAAACAAGCAUGGGUAGUGGAAUGGUUGAAAACCGUAUGCCAUCUCAUACUGUUCGAAUGUUUCCUUCGGACAAGUCAAGCCACACAGGAGUCUCGUCUUCUGGUACCAUAACUUCUCCUCACGUGACUCAUGUUCCUGCUGGAUCUUCUUCUGGUUUGCACUAUCAGUCAACUACUACUGAAGUAAAAUCACCUAUAGUUUCUGGCGGAAUGCCUAGCAGUCACUUGGGCAGAAAUUCAUCUUCAUCAGCAUUGCCUAAAGUUGAACAACCACAGUUCAAAGUUGAUGGAGGAUCAAGUGGGCCUUAUUUGAUGCAUGCUCAAGCAAAUUCUUCAAACCAACCGUUGAUGAAUGCUCCAACAUGGUCAAUACAAACUCAAACUCAAUCUGGCUCAUUAGCUAGGAGUACACCAGAAAACAAAGUGACUGGACAUAACCCUGUCAAGGUUGAGGGAAUGGGUGACCUAACUGGGCCCAGGGCUGCUUCACAAAUAGCUAGGGAUCAGGGCUAUAGACCCAUAGUAACUCAAACAUCCCCUGGAAAUUUGUCUAGCUUGCACCAACCAUUGCAGGGCAUGAACAUUGUUCAGCCUUCUUCACUUCCUAAUAAUCACACUGAAAUUGCAAGGAUUGUCCAGAGACUGUUACAACCAAAGCUGCCUGAGCAUCCCACAUGGACUCCUCCAUCAAGGGAUUAUAUGAAUAAGGCAUUUACUUGCCAAAUGUGUGAUCUCACUGUCAAUGAAGUGGAUACUGUGCUUCUUUGUGACGCUUGUGAAAAAGGGUUUCAUUUGAAGUGUUUGCAGCCAUCACUUUUAAGAGGAAUUCCUAGAGGUGAGUGGCAUUGCAUGAGGUGCUUGACAUUAAGCGGUGGAAAGCCUUUGCCUCCAAAAUAUGGUCGCGUGAUGAGGUCCGCAAACACCCCACCAAAAGUGCCCUCUAAUGCAGUUGGAGUCCAACCAUCGUUAGAGAAGAAAACUGGAGUUGUAGCUCCAAAGGUCAGCUCACAGGAGUUAACAACAAAUGGAGGCUCUGUGUCAACUGAUGCCACUGGUAACAAUAAAAAUGUUGAGCUUCCAUCUGUCUCAAAGGUCCCUGAUGCAAAAGAAAUUCAGGAUAACACUCAUUCAUCAAGCAGCAAACACAUGGAUGAGAAGCCUGACCCAAAUAUCUCAAUAAAAUCCCUUAAUGCAGCUUCUAGUCCUGCUGUUGGCAUGCCAGGUGAAAGUUCUGCUGAACAAAUAAUUUCUGAGCCAUCCACCUCUAAAGAGAGAACCUUUGCCUCAGAAUCAGAAGUGCUUCCUCAAUUAACUGAGUCAGUUAAACCUGACAAUUUGCAAAUGUCAAAAGCUGUACAAGUUGAACUGACAUCACUACCAAACAAUGUUGACGUUUUGUCAUAUAAACAUGUUGAAAAUAAUUUGACAGGUAAUAACAGAAAGGAAUCUCAUGGGGGAGAAAGUUUGACAUAUGAUAUCAAACGUGAUGACCAAUAUGUUGCACUAGCAAAUUCUGAUAAAAGUUCUGGAACACAUGGUGAAGGGAGACAAUGCACUGCAUUAUAUUCCGAUGGCUUACAUGCAGUAGAAUGGGUUGGUGAUCUUGUGCAACUUGUUGAUGAGAAAAGGUUUUACCAAUCAUGCCAAGUUAAUGGAGUUACAUAUAGGCUGCAGGAUCAUGCUCUUUUUAAAUCCAGUCAUGGCAAGCUAAUUCCAUCUAAACUGCAGUCUAUGUUUGAAGAUAGCAAAACUGGAUUGAAGUGGGUAAAUGUGACAAAGUGCUACUUUCCUGGUGAUUUACCAGGGAAUAUCCCUCAUCCAUGUAUAUCUGAAGUCAAUGAGGUUUAUGAAUCUAAUAGUGAUAGAACUGAAAUGGCUGGAUCCAUUCAAGGUCCCUGUGAAGUCCUCCCGUCUUUUAAAUUUCAACAAGAAAACAAUAGACGAAGGGGGUUAGAACCUGAGGAAAGUGCUAGACUUCGGCCCAUUUUCCUAUGCAGAUGGUUCUAUGAUGGAGUCAAAAAAUUAUUUCAGCCUGUUACCAGUUGAUGCUGUCCUACGCACCAUGAUUUUCCUGCACUUGGCUGUUCCAGGUUUGUAGCUUUCAGACACUAGACGAGUUCGAGUCUGUUUGAUGUAAAAUAUGUAGGUGAAGCUGUGACUUGGUUUAGUUUUUGCUUAUGAUAGUUAUUUGUAUUUUCUGAUUCUUUUUGGGUCUUUAGGUGCAUUAGGCCCACUAAUAACAUUAUCAGGAUAUCAUGGAACAAAUAAAUUAUCCAUGUUGUAUUGUAGUCUGCUUAGGAUGCUGGAAAUGUAAAAUGUUUCCUUUGUAUACAGCCGUCUUCUUUUUGUGUAAAAUUAACCGCUUGAAGCCAUUUCUUCUAGGAA